AUGGCCAAGCUCAGGUUCUCAACUAUUAAAAACAUUCCCACAAAUAAUGUCUCACGGACCACGUACUACCAGUCUAGCACCCACAACAUACUAACCGGUCCCCUCCCCCAGGAGGCCCCGGCUGGACCUGGACCCGGCCCUGGACCUGGGAGACGCUCAACUCCUGGACACGUCGGCCGCCAAGCACAAGAUAGCCGUGCGCCCCAAGAAGAACCACCCCAAGACCAGGGCCAACGGAGUCAAGGCGGCAGCCGACAGAUGGCUGGUGCGCGUGGUGGAGGACGUGGCGGACGGCGAGCUGCGCACGCGGCAGGGCUGGGUGCCGGCGACGAUACUGCAGGAGGUCAGCACGCCCGAGCAGGACAAGACCGCCUUGGCUGCGAGGAGGCAGUGAGUAGCUACACUAGUAUACCAAGUGAAGUAAUCGAAGUGGAGGACGUGGAGGACGGCGAGCUGACGCGGCAGGGCUGGGUGCCGGCGCGGGUGCUGCAGGAGGCCAGCACGCCCGAGCAGGACAAGACCGCCUUGGCUGCGAGGAGGCAGUGA